AUGUCGUGUCGGACAGGGUGUCAGAGGUUGUCACUGAAGCGGAUGACCAGAUAGAGACUGAGGAGGAAGGGGUGCCCGACGAGGAAAGUGUCCACUUUUGUGAUCAUUCGUAUGUGGAUUCGGCCUAUUUUAAUGGGUACGAUAUAAUUGUGACCAGGGACGACUGGCUCUGGUACUACUAUAAGGACAGUCAUAACCUGAGCGCACCGUUUAGUCAAAAAGCUUUUACUUCAGGUGACCACAUCCAAGGUGCUUUUAAUGUGUCCAGAGUACCCAAAUGUAAUGCCAGUGAAGUGGCUGACUGUCGGGAAAUAUCAAAAAUGCGGGACAUGGCGGUUUAUUUUUUGCACAAUAAGUCCCGGGCCCGGGGCUACUACAACCUGGACGUACGUAAUAGGAAUGGCAGUCAAAAGCGAGUAAAGCCCAAGCAUUUGCCGUGGGGUAUGAAACAGGUGGGAUUAUUGGGCGGAAAUUUAUGGCCCAACGGCUGGGAGGCCUACCAGGAGCACCGACCCGUCGCCUACCUGCCGGCCCGCUAUGAGUUGAUAUUCAUCAUCAAUGGCCGCAACUUCUCCAACACUGUGUUGGCCUGGAAUACGUUGGACACCAAGAACUGGAACUCCUCGUGGAAGUACAAGGAUAUCGGCGACCACGUGGUCUACACCGGUAUGUUUGAGAUGAAUGGCAUCGUCUACGCGAUCGGUGAGACCAAGAAUAGCAUCGAAAGGGUGGGAAAGAUAUACAGAUAUCACAUCCGCGGACAUAAUGAUAGGAAACUCACCGAAACGAACCAAAUGGUGAGCGACUUCUUCGGGUGCCCGGAAAGGCACCAAAAGUCCUAUACAUUAGUGAACACUAUUCGCACGAAUCGCGAGAUAAAGACGGGAAGUGUUGUGAACAAUAAGAUGACCACAAAAGACGACGACUCGAUACUAAUCUCCAUAUUCAUCGGUAUUGUAAUAACCGCGUGUCUGACCACUAUAAUACUGUCCUUCCUGACCAUCACCGGCAGAAAAAAGUCUAAGUUAGAGGCAAUGCGUGCUGAGCCCACACUACCUAAGCUCCCGGUGAUCGGUCUGGACUAUAGCCCCCGUCAAACAUCCAAUGUGUCGCGUUUUGAUACCAUGUCGUCCAUAACCGCUAUUUAUUCACAGAUUAGUAGACCUCCGAACAAACCUAGAAAGCCCACAAUCAACGGCCCUAAGCCUACCGGUGCCCACCACGCGAAUAGCAAUGCCCUUAAUGGACAUACCAGUGCCCACAACGGACAUACGAGUGCGUCGGCCGCCCGGGCAUACAGUGGCCGCCACUCAUAUCAUGGCAAUAGUAUUACUGCCGGCAAU